CCAGUCAUGAUGAUGCUUUCAUCUGAUUGUCAAACAAUUACUUCAAAAGCAUGUAGGCAACCUGUACACAUUACUCAGGGACGGCUCAACGACGGGCUGGAGAGUGGGUUCAUAUCGAAUGAGGAGAGCAAACAGAAACUGCUACCCAUUAUGUCCACGUUGUUAGAGGAGCUCAAUGCUACUGGAGCCUGCACCUUGCCCAUCGAUGAGUCCAAUACAAUCAACCUGAAGCUGAUUGAGCAGCGCAGGGACCCUCUGACCGUGCAGGAGUACAAUGUGCCUGUCUUCACUCAGUGCAAGGACCACUUCAUCAAAUCCCAGUGGGAUCUCACCACUCAACAGAUCCUGGCCUACAUUGAUGGGUUCAGGCAUAUCCAGAAGAUAUCUGCAGAAGCGGAUGUUGAACUUAAUUUAGUCCGGAUCGCCGUACAGAAUUUACUGUAUUAUGGUGUUGUAACCUUGGUGUCAAUAUUUCAGUACUCCAAUGUGUACUGCACAACCCCUAAAGUCCAGAGCCUGAUAGAUGACAGGUCCAUUCAGGCGGAGUGUCUCAGCUAUGUCACCAAGCAUGGACAGAAGAGAGCCCGUUUAAGGGAUGUGUUCCAGCUGUACUGCGGUCUGACUCCAGGCACCACUGUUUGCGAUCUUUGCUCCCGCUACUCGCAGCAGCUGCAGAGAGUAGAUGAGAGGAGGCUGAUCCAUUAUGGGCUGAUGAAGGCUCUAAUUCGUCUGCUGCAGAAGUAUCCUUUUAAGGUGACCCGUGACGAAAGGAGCCGCCCGCCACGCCUUUACACUGGUUGCCAUAGUUACGUUGAAAUCUGCUGCAAGACAGGAAUGAGCUACAAAGAGCUGGACGAGCGUUUGGAGAAUGACCCAAACAUCAUUGUGUGCUGGAAGUGAUACCCUGGCUUAAUCAGCAACCACACUGACUUUGAUGCAGAUAGAGCAAGCCCUCUCUCAAACAAAGACAGGCAGAGCCACAUGAGGUCCCAUUGUACGAAAACAGAAGCCUCCUGCUCGUCUCCCAUCUGAUGCACAAGACAGCCUGCUGUCCAGGAGAGACAAAGUGAAGCAACCGCGGCUAAAGAUGCCUUAAACAGACUUCUUCCUAUCCCUGAAAUGUUCUGGAAAAUAUGUGUAUUCAAAGGCUGAGACUAAGGUAUUUUUAUACUACAAUUAUGUCACUUGUUAUCCUCAGGUUUUUCCAAUCCAGACUCUUGAAGCAAUCAUUGUUGUGGGAUAGUUUCAUUCAGAACAAUGAAUGGACGAAUUCAAAAAGACCACAAAACGAGGAACAUUAUGCUUAUUGAUUAAUUGUGCAAAAACUCUACUGUAUAUACCAACUCUUUGCAAUAAUAAAGAUGCAUUGUCGUCGUGA